GACCGACCUGCGAGUGAAGAGAGACUGAAGGCCUUAAAGCUUCAAAAUUCAUAGACGAUGAGAGCAGAGUUAUCAACGCGCACUUUCUUUUUAUAGACAGUACUGCAGUCUCUCUCACGAUGCUCAUAGAGAAUGUGGAAGCUUUGAAGUCGUGGCUGGCAAAACUCCUGGAGCCAAUAUGUGAUGCCGACCCCUCUGCUUUAGCCAACUAUGUAGUGGCUCUUGUGAAGAAGGACAAACCAGAGAAGGAGCUCAGAGUCUUUUGUGCUGAUCAACUUGAUGUCUUCCUACAAAAAGAGACUAUGGGAUUUGUCGAUAAACUUUUUGAAUGUCUGACAACGAAGAACUACCUUGGAAAUCCUGUUGCCAAGGAAGCUCCCAAAGAGGAGGUUAAGCCACCGCCUGUUAAGCCUGAUGUUGUCGAGGUAAGAAAGGCUGAAACACCAGAGGAGGAGAGAGAAAAUAGACGAAGGAGAAGUCCGCUGAGAAAUCGCUCCGACUUCAAUGAGUCCAGGAACCGUGAGGACAGGAGGCGGGACGAGCGCAAGCGUCGUGACUUCGAUCGCCAUGGGAAAAGCAGCAGCGACUCCCACCGUGAGCGGGAGCGCCACGAGCGCCGCAGGGGCAGCCCCCGCGGGAGGAGCUACAGCCGCAGCCGGAGUCGCAGCCGGAGCAGGAGUGGCAGCCGAGGCAAGAGCAGGGACCGGGAGCACAGAGGAGGCAGAGACUUCAAGACGAAGUUUGAGGUUGAGAGAAAGGACACCGACGGCUACAACUCCUCCGCCACCUCCGCCUCCCAGCAGCAGCAGCAGCAGCAGCAGCACCAGCACCAGCACCCGCCGCCUCUGCUGCCGCUGCCCACGCCUCACCCCUUCUCCUCCUCCUCCCCGUCCGCCGGCGUCCCGGGAGCUGGUGGGGUUCCCGUCGCAAACCCGGCUCACCUGCCCGACAGCACGACGGACAGCUGGUCAGGCUACUUCGGUCCGCAGAGGCAGGACGGUCCCGGCAAGCCGUUCCCCAACAAGAGCGGCUCUCUCAAACAACGCUGCAGGGACUAUGAUGAAAAAGGAUUUUGUGUCCGUGGUGACCUUUGUCCCUUCGACCACGGCAACGACCCUCUCAUCGUUGACGACGUCAAUCUGCCGAGCAUCAUUCCGUUCCCGCCGCCGCCGGUCAUGCCCCCCGCCGGCCUGCCCAUGCCCUCCAUCACUGAGCCGCCCCCCUCCCUCAGGAUGCCUUCGAUGCCACCCUACGCCCAGCCGCCGCCGCCAGGCAUCUUCCCCAUGGCGGGACCCCCACUCAUAGCAACCAGUGGGAUUGAAACACCCAACCACCAGUCCGCCAUCACUUCUUCUCCUCCUCCUCUCGGACCGCCUGGCGUGGGGCUGCCGCCUACUCUUCCUCCUCCUCCUCCUCCACCUCCUCCUCCUGCACCUCCCUCCUCGUCCUCAUCUGUGUCUCUUCGUCCCCAAUAUGUCCCGUCUGAAUAUAACUACGAUCCAGAGGGAUAUAACCCCGAAUCCCCCGGCCUGACGGCUGCCGGUCGGAACCCGUACCGCCAGUUCAUCCCCCGAGUGCAGAGUCAACGCUCCAACCUCAUCGGCCUCACCUCCAACGAAGGACAGGGCUCCAGAGCUGCUAACAUCGUGAUCCAGACAGAGCCUGCCGCUGCAGCCAGCACUCCGGGAAGCAAUGUGUCGCGUUUCAACUCGGACCAGGACAGCAGGAAGAGGCCGAUGGGAACCAGUAUAGCUGAGGGACCAGUGGUUAAAAAACCCUGGAUGGACAAGCCAAACUUCAACAACCAGCAUAAGGGCAACUAUCCCAAGAAGAAUCACUACGUCAACACAAAGCUGGAGGUGCGAAAGAUCCCGCGUGAGCUCAACAACAUCACCAAGCUCAACGAGCACUUCAGCAAGUUCGGAACCAUCGUCAACAUACAGGUGGUGUUCGGUGGAGACCCAGAGGCAGCCUUGAUCCAGUACACAAAGAAUGAGGAAGCGCGGCGGGCCAUAUCCAGCAUCGAGGCGGUCCUCAACAACCGCUUCAUCCGCGUCUACUGGCACCGUGAGCCCAGCGCCAACAACUCGGGCCUGCAGCAGCAGGAGCAAGGCUCCGGGAGCCAGUCGGCCGGGUCGGCGCCCAGCCAGACACCACAGCAUGGCAGCAUGCACAAGGGGAUCAAGCAGCACAAUCCAGCAGCUUAUGUUCUGAACAAGACCGUACCAAAGCAUCACCUCCCGGUAGCGGCCGGCACCGCUGCUUUGGCCAAGCUGGACGGCCUCAACGCAAACACAGACUCUGCUCACGUAGCGUCUGCGCUCUCAAACCCACAGAAGGGCCCGUACCCCUCCACGGCCCUGAAGUCACUGUCCAAAAGCCUGGGCAAAACGGGGAAAGCACUGGAAGCUCAGGAGGCACUAAAAAAGAAACAGGAGGCUCUAAAGCUCCAACAGGACAUGAGGAAGAAGAAGCAAGAGAUGCUGAAGACUCAGAUUGAGUGUCAGAAAGUACUGAUAAACCGCCUGGAGAAGAACCGCGGCAUGAAACCCGAGGAGAGGGCCAACAUCAUGAAAACCCUGAAGGAGCUCGCUGAGAAGAUCACCCAGCUGCAGAACGAAAUGAACCCGGCCGCCCAGGUCUCAAAUGCCAAUGCCAACCACAACCAGCCCAAAACCAAGACUGAUGCCCAGAAGGAGUUGCUGGACGCCGAACUGGACUUUCACAAGAAGAUGAGUUCUGGAGAGGACACGACAGACCUGAAGAGGAAACUGGGGCAGCUGCAAGUCGAGGCGACCAGGUUGGGGCUGAUCCGGCCUCCGGCAGGUCGGGGUCGCGGGCGGGGCAAGAUAGCGCUGGAGCCGGGCGCCAUGCACGCGGGCCGCGGCCGCAGCCGAACCCGGGACCCGCUGGCUCGCGGCGGGACCGUGAACCGCAUGGUGGUGGACCACAGGCCCAGAGCGCUGGCGAUCUUAGGGGUCACGCAGGAGGAGAAGGAGGAGCUGAUGCCGCACUUUGUGAAAUUCGGUGAGAUCGAGGAUCUCCGCGACCAAGACGCCAACAGCGUCGUCAUGACCUUCAAAACACGGAGCGAAGCAGAAAAUGCGGCCAACCAGGGGGCUAAGUUCAAAGGUCGCGUCCUGCAGAUCUCCUGGUACAAGCCCAAGACGCCCUCCGUCACAGCGGAGCCGGACGAGGACGAGGCGAAAGAUGAAGACAGCACGAAGGAAGCCAGUUCCUAUCUGCCGGGGGAAGAGGAGGAAGAAGAGGAGGAAGAGGAGGACGACGAUGAAGACGACGAGUACGAGAGCCGGUCUUGGAGGCGGUGAAGCGAUCGGAUUUUGCGAUCAGCCACUCUCCGGCCGAAUCAGUGGGCUUUUUUUUUUUCCUCCCCACACUCCUCACUGUUAAUUUUUUUUUUUUUUUCUCUCUGCAGUAUUUUUGAACUAAUUUUAGACUCUAAUCAAAGUGAGAACAUCUGUACUCUAUCGUACGCCAGAAGAAGUGGAGAGUCGGCAGUUCUUGCGUCCCUCGCCUACACAACACUUUGAAACAUCUCACUUUUGCUGAGAAAAAUAAAUGUUCAGUUGUUCUUAUAGAUAGGAAGGAAAGAAAAAAAAACAACAACCUAUGUAAGUUUUAGUGUGCUUACCAGAUGAUUAAUAUCAGUAAUGCACAACAUUUGUGUCUACUGUGAAUAGGUAUUUUUAUACAUACUGUAUUUAAGCUCUUUUUCUCACCAGUUUUUUGUAAAAUCUCGUCCUUAGUUCAGGGACAGCCAUUCCAUCACUGAUAGAACAUUCUCUGUCGCGACCUGAGAGAUACUUAUUUAUUUUUCCACUGCUUGAGCGCACUGUGCCGUACCUUUUUAUUGGCAAGAAUUCCCAACUUCACAUUUCACUUCACUGGUUUGACGGUGUGGAAAAUAUAUCCCCCCCCCCCAAAAAAAAAAAAAAAAAAAAGAAAA